UCUUGAUUGUGAAAGCUGAGUCCUCCACAGUAGAGCUAGGUAGAAAAAUGGAGGGUAACACUAACACUAACAAGGAAAUAGGAGUAGAAUGGAGGAUCAACAUGGGAGAUGGGACGUCGAGAGUUCUAGAAGCAGAGAGCAGGUUCGGAUUGCAAAGGUUCGUGUCCAAGGUGGGCGGCUUUUUUCAACGAGCAUGGAGAUUAGGAGUAAACGAGCCAAAGAAAUCGAUACAUUGUGUUAAGGUGGGGUUGGCGCUCUCUCUGGUUUCUCUCUUCUAUUACAUGAGGCCCUUGUGCGAAGGAGUAGGCGGCAACGCUAUGUGGGCUGUCAUGACUGUGGUGGUCGUCUUUGAGUACACCGUUGGGGCUACUCUAUGUAAAUGUGUGAAUAGGGCAACUGGGACUUUCUUGGCUGGAGCAUUGGGUGUUGGUGUUCAUUGGGUUGCUAGCCAAUCUGGAGAAAGGUUUGAGCCCAUCAUUCUUCAACUCUCAGUCUUUCUUCUAGCUACUGCAGCCACGUUCUCGCGUUUCAUCCCAUUGAUAAAAGCUCGAUUCGACUAUGGGGCGAUGAUCUUCAUCCUCACCUUCAGCCUCAUAUCGGUAUCUGGCUACCGUGUAGAGAAGCUCUUUGAAAUGGCUCAUCACAGACUCUCCACCAUUGCAAUAGGCACCUCCAUCUGCAUCAUUACAACCAUUCUUUUCUGCCCUGUUUGGGCAGGAACCGAGCUCCAUAACCUCAUCAGGAACAACAUGGACAAGCUCUCUGAUUCCUUAGAUGGAUGUGUGGCUGACUAUUUCAGUACUGACAGUGAAACUUCAGACAAAACAUUAAAAGGCUACAAAAGCGCCCUUAAUUCUAAGGCCACCGAAGAAUCCUUGGUUCGUCCCCUUUUCUGCUUGAUAAGUUUUCAAGAACAACACAAUCAAGACAACAAUCUUACAAAACUUGGUUCGUUUCUGCAGGCGAAUUUCGCAAGAUGGGAGCUGGCACAUGGCAAGUUCAAUUUCGGACAUCCAUGGUUGGAGUAUGUCAAGGUUGGAGCUUCACUCAGAAGCUGUGCUUACUGCAUCGAGGCGCUUAAUGGGAGCAUGAAUUCGGAUGCUAAGGUUCCUGAUGCCCUGAAGCAGCAUUUCGGCAACUUCUGCGUGAGACUGAGCAAUAAAUCCUCAGCUGUGAUGAGAGAACUUGCUGUUGUGAUGAGCAGCAUGAAGAAACCAACAAGGAUAGAUUUCAUGGUGGAGGAGAUGAGGAAUGCAGUUCAAGAGCUCGAGAACGCCUUGAAAUCGCUGUCGAAGCAGCCCAUCCUGCCGGCUGAGGCCGUGACUCUAGUAGAAGUAGUUCCAUUAGUGACAGUUUCGUCGUUGCUGAUAGAGAUUGCGGCCAGAACAGAAAAGCUUGCAGGGGCAGUGAAAGGAGCGGCGGAGAAGGCUGAAUUUGAGGUUGAGACUGCAGAGGAAGCCAAGACAGGACAAAGCUCGAAAGGAGGAAACUAGGUUGUUGAUGAAGACCCUUCAGAAGGUCUGAGUUUGUGAGAAAAGAGACAAAUUAUGCUUUCUUUUGGUAAAGUUGGUUGCUUAUUGGCGAUGACCAUGUUCAAAUAUGUGCAUUUGAACAAAAACAGAAGGGAUUUAAGAAGAAACUGAUCAAACAUAUCUGCAGAAGUGCAUCAUAGAAUAGGGAAAAGCACAUUCAAGACUACACAAGACUCUACCUACUUUGCAGUCACAUGGUGAUUUCCCCAAAACCAAAAAAACUUGGCAAAUUUAAUCCAAGAUUGGAAUUUUAAUGCUGCAAAUGAUCAUAAUGCUCCAACUCGAUUGACUGAACCAAG